CUGAACCAAAUCCGAAUGGAUACCGAACGCCCAUCCCUACGUGGUAGUUCGAAACGCGACCGUUUAGUGGUCUUCUUCAUCCCCAGGUAUCUUGCGUUAUCCAAACACACACUUCUCAGUCCUUUCUUGGCGAUAGAAAUGGCUUCUCAAUCUUUUACUUUGGCGAAUCUAAGGAUCUCCCAAAUCGAUUCCUUCUACAGUCAGAAACCAUCUUCUCCAAUACACUUCUUCUCCACUAGAAAUCCAGUAAAAUCCCUGAACCUGACGAAUCCAUGGAUGGCCGGUGAUUCUUCUCUCUCUCUCGAUUCUUCCGCCUCCGUCUUGCGAACUAACUCGACAACGCGCAGAAAGAUCCCAAUCGCCGUCGUUGCCAGCUUACCCACCGCGAAUCCAGAAUCUGCGGUUUCUGAUGCGAAAAAGCCAAAAUGGUCGUGGAGAGGAAUCAAAUCAUUUGCAAUGGGAGAGCUCGAAGCUAGGAAGCUCAAGUAUCCCAACACCGGUACUGAAUCACUUCUCAUGGGUAUCUUGAUUGAAGGAACUAGUUUUACUUCCAAGUUUUUGAGGGCGCAUAAGAUAACGCUUUACAAAGUUCGUGAAGAAACAAUCAAGUUACUAGGGAAAGCAGAUUUGUAUUCCUUCAGCCCUGAACAUCCUCCUUUAACCCACGAUGCUCAAAGAGCUCUUGACUCUGCUGUCAAUCAGAAUCUCAAAGCAGGUGGUGCUGGGGAAAUAAUGCCAGCCCAUAUAUUGCUGGGAGUCUGGUCUGAAGUUGAAUCUCCAGGUCAUAAGAUACUGGCAACUCUUGGUUUCACUGAUGAAAAAGCUAAAGAGUUAGAGUCCUUUGCCUCUGAAUCUGGAUUUCUAGAUGAAUAGUGUCUUGUUACAUUUAUCAUCCUCCAUUUAUGCCAUCUUAAUUUUCAUACUAAAGCCUCCAAAUUUGUGGUUGCAGUCUGCAAUGAUGUUCUUAUCGGUUCAUCAUACUGAUUCUUAAUUUUCACUU